CUAGUGAUAAACUCAUUCCAAUUUACAUCAGAAGCUUGUUUUUCUGUUUAUUAGUUGUUUGUAGAAUAUCCUAGAAUGAUUUCCUGACCUAUGUAUCGAUAAUCGUUGCAUCGGCAUAUCGUGAGCUUUGUAUCGCAAAUCGUAUCGUGAGGUACCAAGAGGUUCCCAGUCCUAUGAGUGAAUGAGUAGUGCCACUGUCACAUCUUGCCGCCACCAGAGGGGGCUGCAGUCCCCCAACACCCCACUUCUCGCGCCCCUGUAAUAAGUUUUUUGUUUUGUUUUUUUUAAUUACCAAAAAUAGUCACUCGCCGUAUGAAGGGUUAAAGUAUAUGUAGCAACAGAGAGAUUAUAGUGAUAAUGCUAUUGGGGCGGCGGAUCAGUUACUUGUGACGCGUCAAAGCCUCGGGGAGUUGGCGCAAGAUUGCUCGCCUUUGAUAAGGUCCUGGCCGCUCACACGCCAGAUUUACGGUGAAAAAGAGCGCAACCCAAAGUGAACCCCUCUCAUCGAUCCCCGCGCAGUCGAGAGAUCUUCUCGCGACAAGUCGGCCCUACUUUGUCGGCGUUUUGGGGCGACGCGACGCGAGCGGGCGCGGGGUUGUUAUGUAGCUUCCAGGACCAGGCGGUCGGCUGCUUACUUUGAAGUGCGGUGGAGCGAGCGAGUGAGUCGCCUUGAGGAGAAGAGGAGAGCCACAGUUGCGCCACGGCAGGCUGAAAAGCACCGCUAGCCAGCAGGAGAACUGGGGAGGAGGAGACUACGAGGCGGGGAAGAGGAGGAGGAGGGAGGAAAGCGCUGUUUUUCACCCCCCCUUUCUCGCUCGCCAGUGCAUUUUCCUCUCCGCCAAAGCGUGGACGGACGGACGGAACCCAACGUGGCGAGCAACCAAGCCGGGGAGAGGGCCACCCUCUUCCCCAUUGUGGAUUAUAAACCUUCCGUGGAUACAAUUGGGACUUUUCGAAAGAAGGAGUUUGUGCAUUUAAGGAGCCAACUCGCUGGGGUCGAUGAGUGAAGACAGGCUGCCUGAGAGAAGCUCCCCGCUGACAUAAGAGAGUGAGGAGAUUACAGGCGAAGCUCAGAAGGCGGAACAACGCGCGUUCGCAAGGCGUCUUCUUCAGAGCAAUGAGCUGGCCGCUCGCGGACCACAUCGCCAGCAGUUUCAGAGAAGAUGCCCCUCGACCCCCGGUGCCCGGGGAGGAGGGCGAGGCGCCCCGCUACCCCUGCAAACGCGCCAUAAUGAAGCCGGAGCCCAGCCAAUCGGUCGCGCUCAGCCCGCCGGGCUCCUCGGCCAGGAGGAACGAGGAUGGUCUGGGAGAGCCCGAGGGGAGCGCAUCCCCGGACUCGCCGCUCUCCCGCUGGACCAAAUCUCUGCAUUCUCUCCUGGGGGAUCAAGACGGCGCUCUCUUGUUCCGGACCUUCCUGGAGGCAGAGAAGUGCGGCGACACGUUGGACUUUUGGUUCGCUUGCAACGGCUUCAGGCAAAUGGACCUCAAGGAUACCAAAACGCAGCGAGUGGCCAAAGCCAUUUACAAGCGCUACAUCGAAAACAAUGGCGUCGUCGCCAAGCAGCUCAAACCCGCCACCAAGACUUUCAUCCGGGAUAACAUCAAGAAGCAGCACAUCGACUCGGUCAUGUUUGACCAGGCGCAGACGGAGAUCCAGACAAAUAUGGAGGAGAACGCCUACCAGAUGUUCCUGUCCUCUGACGUUUUCUUCAAGUUCGUGAGGAGUGGCGGCGAGAACGCGGUUCACGUCAACCCCAACGGCCUGGGCGACCUGCAGGUCGUGUGCGGAUAUCUGCCCACGCUCAAUGAAGAAGAAGAGUGGAGUUUUGAUUUCAAAAGCAAAACGACCAACGGACCGCUGCUGAAGACGCAGAGGAGCGCCGUGUCCGUGAGGGGGCUUGAAGUCAUGGAGAGGGGCUACAGGUCGUACAAGGGAAGCGACAUGUGCCACAUGGGCUCCUUGGCGCCGGUCAGCAGCACCAACGACAGCGAGGUGUCCAGCGACGCCUUGACAGACGACAACAUGUCGGUGACGGACGGCAGUGUAGAUGGCAUCCCUCCUUACAAACUGAGUUCCAAGAAGCAGCUUCAGAGGGAGAUGCAGCGUAACGUGCGCAUGAACAGCCAAGUGUCGCUGCCUGCCUUCCCUCGCACCCGCUGUCCUCCCAAAGAAGGUGUUCCAGUGGAGCCGGCAAAGUUUGCAGCCCAGCUCAUCUCGCGCCUGGAGAGCCUGAAGAGGGAACAGGACACCCUCAGCUCUCUGGAGGUGAGGCUGCAGCAGAUUCAGGAGGAGGAAGAAAGAGAGGACACGGAGAUAGUCGGAAGUGCUCAGCAGAUGCACCCGUUGAGCCUCCUCCCCGGUUCCUCUGAGGAGGACCCCCAGGCCAUACUGGACGAGCACCUGUCUCGCGUCCUGAAGACACCCGGUUGCCAGUCACCAACCGUCAUCUGGCAUUCCCCCCGCUCCAGCUCUCCGGAGCACCGGCCCUUUGCCCGGGCAGGAUUUGGACUCAAGGCUUCCCUUUCGGGCCCUGAGCAGGGGGCCUUCACGCUCAGCAUGGGUCCCAGCGGGACCCUGGUGAGCACAAAGCACAUCCACCACCACUACAUCCACCAUCAUGCUGGCCCCAAGACCAAGGAGCAGUUUGAGAGGGAGGCCGCUCUCCGGGUGCGCACCCUGUGCUCCAGUAGCUGUGAGCGUCCACCUGGCCAGCUUUACCAGCGGAGCCGCAGCCUAGGUCGAGAGAUGUGCGGCGCCAUCUCCGGCGACGCCGGCCUGGGUCGUUCCAGCUCUCUGUCCAGACGCGUGUGUCGCUCAGGGGUCGAGGAGGGCACGGCCGAGAGAUGCACCGAGGAGUACGGGCCCCUUCAGCUACCCAGCAACACGGCAGACCCUGCUCAGAAUGUCUUGCAGUGGCUUCUUGAAAGCAAACGGCAAGGCAGGCAUAAGUCCAGCGGCACCCAAAGUACCAAAAAAUCUUUCGGAGGCUCCUCGACACAGACUCACACGUGGGGCGGAGGCGGAAACUGCGCUCACCUUCGCAACCACCAACCAUCCCAGCCGUUCAUCCAAGACCCCGCCAUGCCCCCCCUGCCCCCUCCCAACACGUUGGCCCAGCUGGAGGAGGCGCGCCGCCGACUAGAGGAGGUCUCCACCACCAAGACCACCAAGCAACGGCAUUCCCUGUCCAGUCUUCAGCGGGACAAGAGCCACCUUGUGCCUGUGCAGAGUGGGGCGUCUGCCCCUUUGUCUCCUGCCAAUCCUAACCCCGCCACCACCAACCUCUGUCCCCAAUCAGACAAUGCCGCAGAAAGUCGGAAGAGUUCAACAAGCCACGGGCUGAGCAGCGGGGAGACGGUGGUGACUUACUUCUUUUGCGGGGAGGAAAUCCCUUAUCGAAGGACCAUGAAGAGCCACAGUCUCACCCUCGGCCACUUUAAGGAGCAACUGCGCAAGAGGGGAAGCUACAGGUACUAUUUCAAGAAGGCCAGCGACGAGUUUGAGUGCGGCGCCGUGUUUGAGGAAGUGUCGGACGACGGUUCCUUGCUGCCCACAUACGAGGGCAAAAUCCUGGGCAAGGUGGAGAGGAUGGACUAAGGCUAGUGGACCUGAUGGACUCCGAAAUUGAACGACCACUUGUCAAGCAAGUGAACCGGACUGCCAAGCCCUUCCCCAUGUGACACUUGUAUUGUAGUGUAAAGACCUUUAUUGCUAUUUAUUGAAGAUAUCCCAGCCCCACAACCUGACACUUCUAUGGACACGCUGCUUGGUGAUGGGUGGGAAAACGGAAAACUACUCCACUUCUUUUUUUUUUUUUUUUUUUUUUUUUUUUUUUUUUUGGUGAAGGCAAGGAAAUCCAUUUUUUUCCGGCUGCAAACUUCACAAAUACCUCUGGUGUUUCAUGGGGGAACAAUGACAAUCCAAGAUUUACUACUGCAGUGCUAUUUGUGCCCCCCCCCCUCCCAUUUUCUCCAAAAGUCACUUUUAACAUUGAAUUCUCCUCUCUGGGACUCGCCUUGAUCCGUCUCGUCGCAGUGCCUUUGUUUGAGUGGCGCAGGCGUUGCACAAAUAGCCCCCACGCUCUAAACUCACUGCCGUUGACGGCAAUAGCGUACAUUACAUUUAGACUGUAAUGGAUCGGACGUCCAUCGCCGUCAAUGGCGGCCAUUGAGUUUAGAGAAGAAAAAAAAAAAGUGUUUACAUCCUGAAGAAUAUCGACCAACAGAAAAUGUUCCCCAAAUGUGCUUAUUGUAUGUGCGCACGUGUUUGAGCGAGUUGAUUUGUGUGCAACUCCGAGCUGCGUGAUGAUGAUAUGAUUACGAUAACACUAUUCUACGAUGUAGUGUUUUUAUGGAGUACAGCAGCUGUGCCUACAUGGAUUCUUGCCGUGUUUGACCCCGUUUUAAGGGGUCCCCUUACUCCCUUGGUUUUCACAAGGGGCCUAAAACAAAUGAUUCAACUAAAGAUAUUUUUAUGCAUUUUUAUCGGUAUCCCCUUUCAUCCUCCUUUUGUGUUUUAUAAUAUUUUACAUGGCUUCCUCGGCUCCACUUAAAACUGUAAAUUAUGCGUUCUAUAGAGCUCGGUACUUUAAUUAUUGUAAUUAUGAAGAGAUGUAGCCUUUAUUAAAAUGUUCUAUUUUUCAA